CGUCCGCGUCGUUUGGAGCCGCGACGCUGAACAUGGCGCGUUCCUAGAAGCCGCUUUCGGCAUCAGUAGGCGGCGGCGUGUGGACUGGAAGCGUGGGGCGCCGGAUAACCGACGCCACUUCGUGUCGGGGCGUGGAAGCGGGAGAGCCGGGCCUUUGCGGACCGAACCAAACGGUUUCCAUGGAUCUCAAUAGUGCCAGUACUGUUGUUCUUCAGGUCUUAACACAGGCCACUAGUCAGGAUACUGCUGUGUUAAAACCAGCUGAGGAGCAAUUAAAACAGUGGGAGACACAACCUGGUUUCUAUUCAGUGUUACUGAAUAUCUUCACAAACCACACUCUGGAUAUAAAUGUUAGGUGGCUUGCUGUGCUAUAUUUUAAAAAUGGAAUUGAUCGCUACUGGAGACGUGUAGCACCUCAUGCUCUCUCAGAGGAGGAGAAAUCUACAUUGCGUGCAGGGCUAAUCACCAAUUUCAAUGAACCAAUAAACCAGAUUGCAACUCAGAUUGCAGUGCUGAUUGCAAAAGUUGCUCGAUUGGACUGUCCUAGACAGUGGCCUGAACUGAUUCCUACUCUUAUAGAAUCUGUGAAAGUCCAAGAUGAUCUUCGACAGCACAGAGCAUUACUUACCUUCUAUCAUGUUACCAAGACUCUGGCGUCUAAACGUCUGGCUGCUGAUAGAAAACUGUUUUAUGAUUUAGCUUCUGGAAUUUAUAGUUUUGCCUGCUCUCUGUGGAAUCACCAUACAGACACAUUCCUUCAACAAGUUUCUUCUGGCAAUGAAGCUACAGUUCUAAGUUCACUAGAGCGAACUCUACUGUCAUUGAAAGUGCUGCGUAAGUUAACUGUUAAUGGAUUUGUAGAACCACAUAAGAAUAUGGAAGUGAUGGGCUUUUUACAUGGAAUAUUUGAACGUCUUAAACAGUUUCUGGAAUGCAGUAGAAAUAUAGGUACAGAUAAUGUAUGUAGAGAUAGACUGGAAAAGACCAUCAUUCUUUUCACUAAAGUGCUUUUGGACUUCUUGGAUCAGCAUCCCUUUUCAUUUACUCCUCUAAUUCAGAGAUCACUGGAAUUUUCUGUAAGCUAUGUGUUUACGGAAGUUGGUGAAGGUGUUACAUUUGAACGAUUCAUUGUCCAGUGCAUGAAUCUUAUUAAGAUGAUUGUAAAAAAUUAUGCUUAUAAGCCAUCCAAAAAUUUUGAAGAUAGCAGCCCUGAAACUCUUGAAGCUCAUAAGAUUAAGAUGGCAUUCUUCACGUAUCCCACUCUGACAGAGAUAUGUAGAAGACUGGUCUCUCAUUAUUUUCUGUUAACUGAAGAAGAACUGACAAUGUGGGAAGAAGACCCAGAAGGCUUUACAGUGGAAGAAACAGGAGGAGAUUCUUGGAAAUACAGUUUGAGGCCUUGCACUGAAGUACUAUUUAUAGAUAUAUUCCAUGAAUAUAAUCAGACUCUUACUCCUGUACUUCUAGAAAUGAUGCAAACACUUCAAGGGCCCACUAAUGUGGAAGAUAUGAAUGCACUAUUAAUCAAAGAUGCUGUAUAUAAUGCUGUUGGAUUAGCAGCUUAUGAGCUGUUUGACAGUGUUGAUUUUGAUCAGUGGUUUAAAAACCAACUUCUUCCAGAAUUACAAGUCAUUCACAAUAGGUAUAAGCCAUUGCGACGCAGGGUGAUUUGGCUCAUUGGUCAGUGGAUUUCUGUGAAAUUCAAGUCUGACUUAAGACCCAUGUUAUAUGAGGCAAUUUGUAACUUGCUUCAGGAUCAAGACUUAGUGGUCCGUAUUGAAACAGCUACAACUCUGAAGUUAACUGUUGAUGAUUUUGAGUUUAGAACAGAUCAAUUUCUACCGUAUUUGGAAACCAUGUUCACACUACUUUUUCAGUUACUGCAGCAAGUUACAGAAUGUGACACAAAGAUGCAUGUUUUACAUGUCCUUUCUUGUGUGAUUGAAAGAGUCAACAUGCAGAUACGACCAUACGUAGGAUGUUUGGUACAAUAUUUGCCUCUUCUUUGGAAGCAGAGUGAAGAACAUAAUAUGCUGAGAUGCGCUAUUCUGACAACACUUAUUCAUCUUGUUCAGGGAUUAGGAGCAGACAGCAAGAACCUGUACCCUUUCCUGCUCCCAGUUAUUCAACUGAGUACAGAUGUUUCCCAGCCUCCACAUGUUUAUCUUCUGGAAGAUGGUUUAGAGUUAUGGUUAGUGACUUUGGAAAAUAGCCCAUGUGUUACACCAGAGUUGCUUCGUAUAUUUCAGAAUAUGUCACCACUUCUUGAAUUAAGUUCAGAAAAUCUCAGAACCUGCUUUAAGAUCAUCAAUGGUUAUAUCUUUUUAUCAUCAACAGAAUUUUUACAGACAUAUGCAGUGGGUCUAUGUCAGUCCUUUUGUGAACUGCUAAAGGAAAUUACUACAGAAGGUCAAGUUCAAGUGCUCAAGGUUGUGGAAAAUGCCCUUAAAGUGAACCCAGUAUUAGGCCCGCAGAUGUUUCAACCAAUUCUACCUUGUGUUUUCAGAGGUAUUAUAGAAGGGGAGAGGUAUCCUGUAGUGAUGUCAACGUAUCUCGGCGUUAUGGGUCGAGUCCUGCUACAAAACACUAGUUUCUUUUCUUCACUUCUUAAUGAGAUGGCACAUAAAUUUAAUCAGGAGAUGGACCAGCUUUUGGGAAAUAUGAUUGAAAUGUGGGUUGAUCGCAUGGACAAUAUUACCCAGCCUGAAAGAAGAAAACUUUCAGCUUUGGCUUUGCUUUCUCUUCUGCCAUCUGAUAAUAGUGUUAUCCAAGAUAAAUUCUGUGGGAUUAUAAAUAUCUCAGUGGAGGGCUUACAUGACGUCAUGACGGAAGACACUGAAACAGGAACUUAUAAAGACUGUAUGUUAAUGUCUCAUAUUGAAGAACCAAAAGUAACAGAAGAUGAAGAGCCACCCACAGAACAGGAUAAGAGGAAAAAGAUGCUGGCCCUGAAGGACCCGGUGCACACCGUGUCACUGCAGCAGUUCAUCUACGAAAAGCUCAAGGCACAGCAGGAGCUGCUGGGAGAGCAAGGCUUCCAGUCCCUCAUGGAAACGGUGGACACGGAGAUCGUCACCCAGCUACAGGAGUUUUUGCAGGGCUUCUGAGAGCA